GAAAUUGAAGAGGAGAGUCGGGAGCUCACACAUGAGGAAAUAUGGGACGGCUCUGCGCUCAUCGACGCCUGGAACUCUGCCACAGCAGAAUAUGAGGCAUUCCACGGGAAAACGCAAGACUGGAAGUCGACCACUGUCAAGAAAUCCUCUCUGUGCGUAACCUUAUUUAAUAUAAUUGUGUUCAGAUGGUAUAACAUCCCCUAUAAUAGUUCGAAGAAGAAGGCCAAGACACCUAAUUCAACAAAAGUAGCGUCUGCAAAGGCCGCCAGUCAGGCUGCCGUAGCUGAAGAAGAGGACUCCGCACCGCUUGAUUUCGACACGGUCGUCCCAUCGUAUGAUCCUUCGCCGCCAGUGCCAUCUGAGGCUUCAACGGCACCCGAGUCCUCGUUUUUCAUACCUGCAUCUUCAACCACCAUGGUAAGUCGCGAUGAAGCUUUCAGCCGUGCGCUAAGUGCGAUGUAUUGGGGUGGAUACUGGACCGCAGUGUACCAU